CAAGAGAUAAGCAUUCCAUGGCCGUAACAUGACGCCAGUCCACUUGCGAUUUUUCUUUCCUUACUGCAACCAGAGUAGAAAAAAUGGAACUUAGCGGGUCCCCACUCCACAAUGACAGUACCACUCCUCAACUACAAGCUACAAAACACAGCUUACUUCGAGUUAAGAGUUACCGUUACCUUCGCUUCUCAUUUCCACCCACUUAAUCUCUCUCUCUCUUCCAUCACCGAAUACUCUCACUCCUCUCAUGGCUUCCCGUUUUCUACCCUUCCUCCUCCUCCUCCUCCUCCUCCUCCUCCCCCCUCUUCCCUUCUCAAGAUCGGAGUCGUUUAUAGGGGUUAACUAUGGGCAGGUGGCGGAUAAUCUGCCGCCACCCUCGGCUACGGCCAAGCUCCUGCAAUCUACUUCCAUCGAGAAAGUAAGGCUCUACGGCGCAGAUCCGGCUAUCAUUCAGGCCUUGGCCAAUACCGGAAUCGGCAUCGUCAUCGGCGCCGCCAACGGUGACAUUCCCGCCCUCGCUUCUGAUCCAAACUCCGCCGCUCAGUGGGUCCAAUCCAACGUCUUGCCUUACUACCCUGCCAGUAAAAUUAUUCUCAUCACCGUCGGCAACGAGGUGAUGAUGACGAACGACCAGAAUCUGAUCAACCAGCUCCUCCCGGCGAUGCAAAAUGUCCGAAAGGCCCUCGAGGCCAACUCGCUCGGAGGCAAAAUCAAGGUCUCAACCGUCCAUUCCAUGGCACUGUUAAGUCUGUCCGACCCGCCAUCUUCCGGAUUUUUCAUACCGAGUUACCAGAACACCUUGAAAGGACUCCUGCAGUUCCUCAAGGACACAGAGUCCCCUUUCGCCAUCAAUCCUUACCCGUUCUUCGCCUACCAGAGCGACCCGAGACCCGAAACGCUAGCAUUUUGCCUGUUCCAGCCAAACGCCGGUAGAGUCGAUGCGGGAUCCGGCAUCAAGUACAUGAAUAUGUUCGAUGCUCAGAUUGAUGCUGUGUAUUCUGCGUUGAGAGCAAUUGGGUUCAAGGAGGUUGAGAUUUUGGUUGCGGAGACAGGUUGGCCAUGGCAGGGUGACAGCAAUGAGGUCGGGCCAAGUAGAGAAAAUGCAAAGGCGUACAACGGGAACUUAAUUGCACACUUGAGAUCGAUGGUUGGGACACCAUUGAUGCCUGGGAAAUCUGUGGACACAUACAUUUUUGCACUCUAUGAUGAGGACUUGAAACCAGGCCCUGCUUCUGAACGUGCCUUUGGUCUUUUCAGAACCGACCUUUCAAUGGCCUACGAUGCUGGUCUCUCAAAGUCAAACACUACCCUGAAACCGUCAUCGACAGUUUGGUGUGUGCCGAGGGCCGGUGUUUCUGAUGCUGAAUUACAGGCGAGUCUUGACUAUGCUUGCAGCCAGCAGAGUAUUGAUUGCAGUCCAAUCCAAGCAGGAGGCAAAUGUUUUGAGCCUAACACCGUAGCUUCACAUGCCGCUUUUGCCAUGAAUCUCUACUACCAAACCGCGGGGCAAAAUCCAUGGAACUGUGAUUUCUCUCAAACUGCAACUCUAACCUCCCAGAAUCCCAGUUACAAUGACUGCGUUUACCCUGGAGCGAGUACUUGAGAAAAAUGAAAAUAAAAUAGAAUAAGAGAGAAAAUAUGUAUGAUGUAUGUUUUUUUUUUGAGUUGUUAAUUAGAAUUACCUUUAUUUGUAAAGCUUUCCUCCUUUUUACUAAAUCUUUCUCUCGCAAUGCUGCCUGCUAAGUGACUCUGCCUCAAGAACAGUACCUCACUUUACUCCCA